UUUCAGGUAGAUAUAAGUUGACAGUAUGGCACCACAAAUAGGAAGUACCAGACGUUCAGCCAGUGAAAAUAACACAACAAAGAACGUGGAACAAGUAACGAUAUUUAGUGAGGUAGCCAUGCGACAUAACGUUGGUAUUUUGGAGUAUUCAAGGACAUGUCAAGCAGCUGCAUCAGGAAUGGCCAGCGGCAUUCUUGGAUUAACUGGAGUAUCUGGAUUUAUUUUCUACUUUAUCCUUGUUGUUUUGCAGGCCUUAUUUUGGGAGAUGAAAGCAAAUUUCGAGUGGCAGAAUUACUUCAUGAAUCGAAGUUUAUCACUGACACAUUCAUUAAUAUCUGGUUUAUUCACUUAUAUUUUAUUCUGGGUGUUUUUAUAUGGUAUGGUUCACGUUUACUGAGUCCGUCAUAGUUGCUUCAGGGUAGUAUUUCGCCGAUUCAGAGUUUGGAAUAAUAUUGCUAUAGUUGGCUGACAGAGGUGAAUCAGCAUCUUUUUAUGUUUGCAAGUGAAUCAGCAUCUUUUUAUGUUUGCAAUGUAUAAGUUUAUGACCAGAUGGUUUUUUAUAUACAUAUUAUUUAAAUCUGUAAAAAAAAGAAUCAUUUGUAUAUCUUGAUUCUUGUUGCUUCCGAUAAACAUGGAAUUUUGUAGUUAUUAACCAUUCUGUUUUUAACCGUGGCACUGAACCAUUGUCAUUGCUAUCUUUUGUUAUUUGUUAACAGUUUAAUGAUGUUUGUUAAAACCAUUUAAUAUAUUUCUGAGUUUCAUUUACCGAUUAGAUAUUUGCUAAUAUUUAUUUCUGUAUGAUAGUCAGGUUGCUCAAUAAUUUGUUGGAACUUGCAUUUUUCCUUUAGAACUUUCGGCUUUUUUUCGUCCGUAUGCUUGAGGACC